UUACCUAUGUAACUGUCGAAUAAGUUUUAUCCAACAAGUAAACCUAUUCGGCUAUUACAAACUUGUAUCUGUUUGCUUUUCUUUUCUCCUUCGCUUCAGCUUUGACGCAGAAACUGACCAAUAGAAUGGGUUAUUCCAAGGACCAGCUGCUUGUUCGUUUAAAGGAGCUUCAAAUAGAUUUUUCCCAGUAUGAACAUCCCGUUGUCUUGACAGUCGAAGCUCAGGCAAAAUAUGUUGGGAAUAUGGGAGGUGCACUGAGCAAAAAUUUGUUCUUGAAGGAUAAAAAAAAUAGGUACUAUAUUGUCUCUGCUCUUGGUGAUACAAAAGUAGAUUUGAAAGUUUUAUCUCAGAGGCUUGGUCUAGGAAAAGGUGGUCUAAGAAUGGCUCCAGAAGAGACAUUGGUUGAGAUACUUCAGGUGCCACUUGGAUGUGUCACACCAUUUGCUGUAGUAAACGAAUCUGCAAGACAUGUCUCGCUAUUGUUGGAUCAAGGAUUCAGAACUCAUGAGCGAUGCUUUUUUCACCCACUCUCCAAUGACAUGUCAAUUUCUCUUGAUGCCUGCGGUCUUGACAAUUUUCUUAAAUCAAUUGGGAGAGACCCAUCAUAUGUCGAUCUGGAGGCUAACCCUCCUGUAGGGAAAGAUCAACCUCCCGAUUUAGCUGCUUAUGUUCCAUCAGUUUCCACAGUUCUGCCAGAUCUUCCUGAAAAAGCACCUUCUUCACAAAAUUCUAUUGGAAAUCAUGUUAGUGCUGCUAUAAAUUCUGCAGCAGUUACAGCAAAAGUGGUUAAGCCAGCUGGUAAUGUGCAAAAUGUUAAGGAGAAGUCGGUCAAUGGUGUGCGGCCGUUAUUUCCUGCUGCAGAUGUUGGGAAAUUUGUUGAACAGCUUCUGGAUAGAGCAUCUGCCUUACUGCUUUCAGAAAUUUCGGAGGAUUCCAUCAAGCAACAUGGUGGACAGCUUGGAGCUGAGGUUGCAAACAAUAUUAAAAAAUGUCUUAGAGAAGAUCUAAAGAACCUUGCUACAAUAUUCAAGAACACGGCAUAUACUGAAGGGUUUUAUACUGGUACUCACUAUCAGCCCAAGCGUCUUUGAACUUGUUUGUGAUGGUUUAACUCCCUUGGAUCAUUUUGCUCGCAUAAAAUCAGAAGGUGAAAUCCAGUUCUCAUUUUUUUCUCGUGACUUUUGUUUUUUUUUAUUAUUAUAUUUUCAUCUUCAUCAAGACAAUUGAAAGAAACUAUUUAUUCCCUGUUUUUAGAAUCAGAUGAAAUUGAUUGUAUUUCUAAUGUUGAUUAUUCGUUGAUUUUUAAAAUCAUUGUAGUAUAUUGUCCUGGCAAAUGAUCGUGCAAAGUGAAGGUGCAUUCAGGCACACUUGACGUGUAUUUGAAAUAGAUAAUGAAAUUGUUUUUGCAGCAUUUGGAGGUUUCAGAGAUAUUCUUCAAUUUACAAUAGAGUAGAUAAGAGAGUGAAAAGCCAUGGUAGCAGCUGCUGGCCUUCAUGAGAUAAAUGACAUGACGUACACGUAACAAGCAUGAUCAAGCUGAACAAAGGAAACUGAAUAAAUUACUAAAAUUUGAAGUGUCUUGGAUUAUAAACAGCAGACUUGAAACCAAUGUGUAAUUGAGAAAUGGAACAGCGUUAAUCUAACCAGCUACACAGAUUUCCUUAAAGUUCACAUGAACAGCUGCAUAUGAAGGCUAAAGAAUAGUGCAACGAUGCGGCCUUGAUUCAACUGAUGGAAAAAUUAAAGAGGAUUUCAGUGUAGAAAGUGAGGUGUCUAUGAACAGCAAGAUUUACAAACUAAACCUUUGAUUUACAUUAAUAGCUGCAUGAUAAAGUCAAAUUAUUCUCAAGAGUUUUAAGAUUUUGUAAUGUUUGCUGAGCAUGAAAUAUGUUUUUUUUUUUCUUGGCUUUAAGGGAGGCCAGAGUCCUAUUACAAGGGGGAGGAGGGAGGUGGGGUUCAAAUGCAAGCCCCAUGACUUCUUAAAGACUUUUUAGGCCACUAGGUCAACAAGCGAAAUACAGCAUAAAAUAUGUUUUAUGAUCAUCUUUGCGGAAGUGAAUGUUUUCAUGAUAUAAAUCAAAUUCAGGCCAUCGAAUUUGUAUCAAUUAUAACGAUGAAC